AAGAACUCCUAAUCCUUUUUAUUUUCCGCAAAACCCUAAAUUGCACAUAUAUAGAGGUUCCGAAUUCGCCUCCCCUUCCCUCCUCUCGCAGCAGCACAGUAGCUAUGGCCCCCAAAAGAGGUGUUAAAGCUCCGGUUCCAGCUGCCAAGAAGAAACCCGAGAAGGUUACGAAUCCGCUGUUUGAGAAGCGGCCUAAGCAGUUUGGGAUCGGUGGAGCCUUGCCGCCGAAGAGGGACCUGACGCGGUUCGUGAAGUGGCCGAAGACUGUUCAAAUCCAAAGGAAGAAGAGAAUCCUCAAGCAGAGGUUGAAGGUCCCUCCAGCUUUGAACCAGUUCACCAAAACCCUUGACAAGAACCUUGCAACAAGCCUGUUCAAGAUACUACUCAAGUAUAGGCCUGAGGAUAAAGCAGAGAAGAAGGAGCGGCUUUUGAAAAGGGCUCAGGCUGAAACUGAGGGAAAAACUGUUGAGGCCAAGAAGCCAAUUGUUGUGAAGUAUGGCCUCAAUCAUGUUACCUACCUUAUUGAGCAGAACAAAGCACAGCUGGUUGUGAUUGCUCAUGACGUGGACCCGAUUGAAUUGGUUGUUUGGCUUCCUGCAUUGUGCAGGAAGAUGGAAAUUCCAUACUGCAUUGUGAAGGGCAAGGCUCGCUUGGGAUCAAUUGUCCAUAAGAAAACUGCUUCUGUUUUGUGCUUGACAAGCGUUAAGAAUGAAGACAAAUUGGAGUUCAGCAGAGUCCUUGAGGCUAUCAAGGCUAACUUCAAUGACAAGUUUGACGAGUACAGGAAGAAGUGGGGUGGCGGUAUCAUGGGUUCCAAAUCCCAAGCCAAAACCAAGGCAAAGGAAAGACUUCUUGCCAAAGAAGCUGCUCAGAGGAUGUCUUAGAGGCUUCAUAUAUUUUUGUUGGUUUAGGAUUUUCAUUUUUGUGUUUUAACUUAAAUUCAAGGUUAGUUUUCGAAGAUAUGUUGCUGAAUUGUCUCUACACAAAUUUUGAUUGUCUUGUGCAUUUCAUUGUUUUGUUCUUAUCAGUUAUUACUACCUUUUGCUGUCCAAAUUCUUAAUACAAGACAAGGUCUAAACUUGAAACCGA